GCGGCAAUGCAUGCAGGGAAGCAGAGACUUCCUGUGAAGCCAUCACCAGUCUGAACGCUCAGAUGAAGCCUGACUAAGGCUCAGUGAACAAACAUGACAGUUUGUUCCUGUGAACAGAGCUGAUCUGUGGUCAGAGUGUCGCCACCUCACAGGAAACACAGACAGAGUGCAUGAUGGGACUGAAGACGCUGCUGCUCGUCUCUCUGCUCGGCGUUCUGGCGCUAAGGGUCGCGGCGGGCAGCCAUCAUGGCCUCACUCUACCUGGAGCUCCAUACAACGUUAGCGAGAACGACCCCGGCCUCCAGCAGGCCGUCCUCGACGGCACCUACUUCUUCAACAACCAAUCGAACGACGCCUUCCUGUUCAAGCCCUCCACCAUCCACAGAGCUCAGCGGCAGGUCGUGAAGGGAGUUCGGUACAUCGUAGAUUUGGAGAUUUCCAGAACCAUCUGCCAUAAACGAGACAACAAGGAUCUUUCCAACUGCGACUUUCAGCCAGAAGGUCGUCUGCACCAGACGUUUCAGUGUCACUGUGAGGUUUGGGUGAUUCCCUGGCUGAAAGAGAUUAAAACUGAGGAGUUCAGCUGUAAAUCCUGAAACCACUGGCUGACUCCAACCUCCAUCCUCCAUCCUCCUCAUUCCUGAUGGAGUUCACUGUGAUGAUGACCUGCUGCUCCUCAUUUCAUCUGUAAAACUAAACCUUUCACACAAAGUUG